AUGGCCACCGCCGCCAGUCCGCUGAGUACAACGACACUCGGCGCGGCUAAUGGGACCAGCCUCGCCUCGCCGGGCAUUCACCCACCCGUACGCAGCAUUUGCUGCAUCGGCGCAGGGUACGUAGGGGGGCCCACGUGCUCCAUCAUUGCGGCUCGAUGCCCGCACAUCGACGUUACCAUCGUCGACAUCAAUCCGGCACGUAUUGCCGCCUGGAACUCGGACCCAGACCCGCUGACGGGAGACUUGACGGGGCUGCCCGUCUUUGAGCCUGGGUUGAGUGACAUUGUCAAGGAGUGCAGGGGCAGGAACUUGUUCUUCAGUACAGACGUGGAUGAGGCUAUCAGGAAGGCAGACCUCGUCUUUGUGUCGGUUAACACGCCCACCAAAAAGAGUGGUGUGGGAGCAGGAUAUGCUGCCGACCUACACUACGUGGAAUCCUCCACCCGUCGCAUUGCUCAAGUCGCGACGUCCAGCAAAAUUAUCGUUGAGAAGUCGACGGUACCCUGCCGCACCGCCUCGUCAAUGCGCGUCAUCCUCGAGUCCAACUCUCGCCCAGGCAUCCACUUCGACAUCCUGUCCAAUCCGGAGUUCCUGGCCGAGGGGACGGCAAUGCGCGACCUCCAAGCCCCAGACCGUGUGCUCAUCGGCAGCCUCGACACCGAGAGCGGACAAUGCGCUGCUGAUCGACUGAGCGAGGUCUACGAAAACUGGGUGCCGGCGGAGCGCAUCUAUAUGACUGGCCUGUGGAGUAGCGAGCUGAGCAAGCUGGCUGCCAAUGCAUUGCUCGCUCAACGCAUCUCCAGCAUUAACUCCCUCGCUGCCAUCUGCGAGAGCACGGGUGCUUCGAUUCACGAGGUUGCGCAUGCCUGUGGAUUGGACAGACGCAUCGGACCCCAAUUCUUGCAGGCGAGCGUCGGCUUUGGAGGGUCUUGCUUCCAGAAGGAUAUCCUCAACUUGGUGUAUCUCUCGGAGAGCCUGGGAUUGACCCCGGUGGCCAACUAUUGGAAGCAAGUCAUCGAGAUGAACGAGUGGUCCAAGAAUCGAUUCGCGCACAAGGUCGUGCAGACCCUCUUCAACACCAUCACAGGCAAGAAGGUCGCCGUGCUAGGCUUCUCCUUCAAGGACAACACAGGCGACACCCGCGAAUCUCCCGCCAUCACCGUCUGUCGCUUCUUCCGUCGCGAGCUAGCCCGCGUCAGCAUCUACGACCCCAAGGUCCCCGAGGCGCAGAUCCACGCCGACCUCGUCGACCGCGAGCACGACGCCACUGGCGUAGUAGCUCCGCAAGGCACCAACAACGUCACCGUCUGCUCCUCAGCCCUCGAGGCCUGCAAAGAUGCGGAAGCAGUCGUGGUUCUCAGCCCCUGGCGCGAGUUUAGGUGUGAGAACCUUGAUUGGGGUCAUAUUUAUGAGAAUAUGAGCAAGCCCGCUUUCGUCUUCGAUGGAAGGGCUAUGCUUGAUGCUGAAAAGUUGAAGAAGAUUGGGUUCAAGGUGCACGCUGUUGGUACGGGGCCGGAGAAGACGGAUGCUUGGCUGUAG